AUGAGAAGCUUGGUGUUCCUGCUUGCCAUCCUCCCCGCUACAGUAAUCUCACUGACUUGCACCGUCUGCGAGUUUGCACUUUUGCCGCCGCAUAGUACGAACUGCAACGAUACUUGCGAAGGAGACGUGUGUUUUAUCGGUAUGUCUCGUGUGCAUUCUCUCUCUGAAAACCUAUCGUUUGUAGUUGUCAACAAGUACUUUAACGGAACCAUCAAUGCUGGGUGCAUGCACCUUCACGACGACGAAAUGUUCGAAAACAAAGCCGUCUGUCAGAGGUUUCUAGCAAAAUGUCCCACUUUUCCAUCAUCAAUCAGUACGAUUCCAGAGGUGCAAAUGACAACCGAUGCGCCUGCUCGACCACCGAUCACUGCAAUGAUCCCAAGGUGAAACUCGCCUCGUACGUGUUCACCGAGUCGCCAGUUCUCGAGAACUACCAAUGGCUUCCACAGAUUCAGCCGCCAAUGCCUUCCCGUGAGUCAAAGCGCUUCGGAAGAUGAAUUUCAAUUUAUUUUCAUUUCAGUUCAACCAAUUCUGCCACCAGAAGACCUCCCGCUGCCUGUGGAAGGAGAAAAUGAUAUGAACGGUAAAAAGACGUCCGGGGGAAUGAUUAUGAAAAAUCCAUGUUGCAGAAACAGCUGCAGAGCUCGAGAACGGAGUCGAGAGCGAUUUGGCUCAUGAGCUUAACACCACCUCAGUUCUGUAAGUGUCAUUGAGAAGCCGUAAACUAUUACUCUCCGUUUUCCAGGUCAAACGAAGAGAACGACGAUCUGUUGACGGUCAAGACUACGGUAGGACUGAACGUGAGAGAUCAAACGAUUCGCUUGAACAACGAACCGAAUUUGGAGACGACGUCGACGAGAAGGUUCGCAGUAUCGCCUCACUCGAUUCUAUUCAAUCGUUUCAGUUUCACAUCUGGUCAGGGAAGUGUGGAAGUGACCAAGGUGACCCAAGAAGCCUCGAGAAGCCAGAAUGUGACGACGGACGGCGAGAAGGGACCGAAUGGAAGCGGCGCGGUGCGGGUGCUCCUGGCCGUCGUGCUCCCCAUGAUCCUCCAACACCUACUCUAA